UAGGCGAAAACAAGCCAGUUUUGGUGUUGCUGUACGAAAAUAUCAAUUAUUCCGUUCCGCCAUGGUUUUGUACUGUUCGCUCGAGAAAACCAAGUAACCCGCGAGCCCAACAGUGCAACAAUUUGAACGAGGCCGCGAAAACUGUAACGCGCUCUUCAGCACCGCCCGGUGCAGCCCGAGAGCGCACUGCAUCUUCGCCUGGAGGAGGAGGAGGAGGAGGAGGUGGUGCCAUCAUCGUCUCAUAAUCGGUCGUGCCAGUGUUGUGUAGCAUUUGGUUGGCGUAGAGGAGCGACUGUUCAUUUCCGGUGCGGCCGAAAGCGAAACAAAGCAGAGUAGAAGAAAGAAGCACCUGGCUGCCUCAUCAAUCCAAGUAUGCGUAUGGGCCAAGGCAGCGCCUGAAGUAACCCGCUCGUCCCUGCUUGUUCCAAUCGCCUAGCAACGCCGCGUUCCACGGUAACUGAGUCGAACGGGCGGGCUCGAUAGACAGGAUCGCCAGCAUGAAUCUCCAGAACGGCAGCGGCCGCGGUACGUACGGCAAGGAUACGUCCAACAGCAAACGGUUCUCCAUCCACGAUGCGUUUGAGGAGGAAACGGACGAAGUGAUUAAAGUGUACGGAUCCACCGUCAUCAGCACACCGAUGCGAGCGAAAGCGCGCUCACCGGACGAUGUUUCAAUCAGAAUUCACGAUCAAAGCAGCAGCAGAAACCUUAAAUACACCGAUGAUACCACCUCCAGGGAUAGCGACUCGCUGAUACAGGAGUACGGCCACCUAUCGUCCAGCGAUACCUAUACCUACUGCUGGAGACACCCGAAAGUGCGCGAAAACUGGCGCACCGUACUGGCCGCGGCAGCGUUGCUGAUCAUCGGCACCGGCCUCAUAGCGAUGGGCGCGUACGCUCUGGCAGAACCGCACAACGGUUCGCAAGCGGCCGUGUUCUUUGUCGCCGGAUUCAUCUGCUUCGUCCCGGGUGCCUAUCACGUCGUGUACAUCUGGCUGGCUGCACGUGGCUAUCGAGGAUUCGAUUUCUACCAUUUGCCCCUUUUCACGUAGAGCACUGUAGGAAACUGGAAGGAUGGAAGACGACGAGAGCAAGGGAGCGACGGGUAGCACCGUGCCCAAGAGUAUUGUGAUCAUAGCAAAAAACGAUCAUCGAUCGAUCGAUCAUUAAAGUCGGAAGCAAAAAGGCGGGCCAGAUAAUCCAGCGGAUUGUCGAAAGUGUAUCACACUGAAGAAUGCAUCAUUUUAUCCCUUUAUCCAUGACUUCAUCUCAGUACUUGUAGGUUGAUCAUCGUCGGGCUAGGAAGCAACCAAUAGUAGCAGCAGCAACAGCAGCAGCAAACCCCAAAACACAUUCCAGUGUGUGGCGGCAUGUCCAACCGCUAUCACAAUGGAAAAAGGAAAAUCAUUCAAAAUUCAAGCGAGAGGUGAAGAAAACGAAUGGAUAUUAACUUAUAGCAUAACUGUGAAGCAUGUGAUUUGAGCGAAUCCCUCCAGCCUUUUGAUUAAACUGUUUUUUUGAUCUUUUUGCUUUUGAGACUGCGGCUGUAGCACCGUCUUCCUUGAUGAGAAGCUGAUUAGGUUAAAAACAAAAACUAACGGUCUGAGCGUACAUUAUUUAGCUGCACCACCGGUAGUAGUUGCAAUCAGUAUAGUUCUGCAAAGUUAAACACGGUUGAAUAGAACAGCUUAACAGUGACGACGAGAGAUCAGAUAGAUGCCCAAAGAGCUAUAGAUGUGCCAUCAUUUUCUGGCCAGAUCUGCCAAACGAAACGGAGGGGCGAACAUGCUAUGGCACAUGUGCAACUCCUGUCCAGAUUGGCAUGCGCUGUUACGCUCAAAGAAUGGACCACCGUACCAAUCCAGAUCCGACACGUGUGUCAUAAUUAGUUUCACAAUCGAUUGAUGAGGUCACGCAUCACGUUGCAUACGGGAAUGCGCCGGGGGGGAGUGAAGGAGACACACUAGCAGACAUGUCAACACAACGUUCAACUCUAUUGUUCGCUGACCUAAGCCUUGACGACGACAGGAAGAGUUGGUUAGACGACAUAUAAAAGGAGUAGCAAUAGGUGUACGUAAGCAUUACGCGUUUAAGUUAAUGAGAGAGAGAGAGAGGAAAAAUGUACGAACAGCAUGGAUAUGGAUACGGUAUGAUGGUGCACUGAAGUCGGACUCCUGGAGACCGAAAGCGGUGCGGUCAGUAUUAGGCAAUCAAUUCGAACCAAUUUGAACGAUCCUGAGACUGUAUCCCCGAAGCAUGUGGCGGGUGAAUAAUUAGAAAAGCAGUUUACCGAGUGGAAGGAAGGAACAGAACAAGGAGAAUCGCGGAAGAAAGUAUUUAUGCAUUAGUUUCCUGUGGCAUCGUAACAAUCGAUCAUCAACAGGAAUGGCGCUUGUUAUGGUUAGGUUUAAACGUUAGUUGGUUUGAGCAACUAACGCAACAACACUAAAAUACAAACAAAUACACAGA